AUGAACCAUUCAUCUGAGCAGUCUUCAUCAGGCAGUAUGGUCUCUGAUGGAUUUCAAGGUGGGUUGGCAGCUGCUUGUGUGAUCCUGGGCCUGUCCUUCCUGGUAGGAGCUCCAGGAAACCUGCUGGUCAUCUGGACUAUUCUGAGAUAUGUCAAGCAGAGAUCCCACACUGUGGUGCUCAUCCUGCAUUUAGCUGCUGCUGACCUGCUGGUCCUCAUCACUCUGCCUCUUUGGAUCUACUCCCUAACUUACUCCUGGGUGUUGGGGGAGGCUUCCUGCCAGAUUUUGGUUUAUGUUGUGAGUGUGUGUAUGUUCAGUAGCAUCUUCUUCAUCACCCUGAUGAGUGUAGAGCGCUUUUUAGCCAUCUGUCAUCCAUUUGCGAUGAUGCGCUGGAAGACCAAGACCACCAUGAACAGAUGUCUAAUAUUUUUGUGGUUCCUUGCUCUGCUUCUGGGAGUACCUUCUCUACUGACCGAACCCUUGGAUGGAAGCGAAGGAACUGAUCAGUGCUUCAUCAAAGAAUUCAGCUCCACCACUCAAGCUGUGAUUUUAUGGUGUCUGGAGACAAUCUUGGGCUUUGUCAUCCCUUUAAUCGUUUUAAGUGUCUGUUACUCUCUUGUCACUGCCCAGAUGAGGAAAAUGAGCUUCAACUCUAAACAGAAAUCUAUGCGUCUUGUGCACAGUGUGGUGAUAGCUUUUAUUCUGUGCUGGAUGCCUUACCACGUCAUCAAUACAAUUGAUCUGUUUUGUAUCCUAAGACCGGACACAGAGCAUGAAUGUGUACCAGAGGGUGUGAUCUUUAUGGGAGGUGCACUUGCUUUCAUCAGCAGCUCAGUGAACCCUGUGUUGUACGCACUCUUCGCCAGGAACUUCCAAGGAAGUCUCGAGGAGUCUCGACUGGUCCGCUUGUUCAAGGAAAUGGCCACUCACACACAAAAACUCAGGGAGGUGGUAGUGCAACAUCAGGCAAGCCAGAGGGCAGCAGAUACAAAAACAAUGCUGGUGUCCGAGUCUGUGGAAACAAAAAACACUGACACCGGGCUGGUGUGA